AUGAGUAUUGAAGCUUCCAAAAUUAUUGAUGCUAAGCCUGUUGAUGGGCCAAGUUUAGAAAUCGCCGUUACGUGGGCUGAUGGGACCGUAUCCAAGUACCACAAUAUUUGGUUACGUGACAACUGCCAUUGUGAAGAAUGUCAUUAUAGUGCAACUAAACAACGUUUAUUGAACUCAUGCUCGAUUAAAGCAGAUAUAAAGGCAACUUCUGUGGACUAUGAUGCUAAGGGCUUGAGAAUUGUGUGGGAUCAGAAUGGCCAUAGGAGUGAAUAUGAAAGUGAUUGGUUAGCAUUGCACUCGUACAAUCCAAAGCUAGUACCAAACCAAUUGAAGAUCAAAGGAGAACAGGAAGUCUUAAAACAGAGCUAUUGGAAAGUCAAAGACAUUAAAGACAACUUUCCCAGUGUUGAGUUUAGGGCCAUUAUGAACUCGGACGACCGCACAGAUAAUGAAGAAGCUAUUAAAGAUUGGUGUUUGAAAAUCUGGAAAUACGGUUUCUGCAUGAUCGAUAACGUUCCUAUUAGCCCUGGAGAGACCGAGAAGCUCUGUGAGAAAAUCACCUACAUUAGACCUACUCAUUAUGGUGGUUUCUGGGACUUUACCAGUGAUUUAUCGAAGAACGAUACUGCGUACACUAAUUUUGAUAUCUCGUCUCAUACCGAUGGCACUUACUGGAACGACACCCCAGGAUUGCAAUUAUUCCAUUUAUUAUAUCAUGAUGGAACUGGAGGUACUACGUCCCUAGUCGAUGCAUUCCAAUGUGCCAAAAUAUUGCAAAAGGAGAACCCAGAGGAUUUUGAGUUAUUGACAAAAAUUCCAGUACCUGCCCAUUCUGCCGGGGAAGAAAAGGUUUGUAUUCAGCCAGAUAUUCCUCAGCCUAUAUUUAAGCUUGACAAUGAAGGCGAGUUGGUUCAAGUACGUUGGAAUCAAUCUGACAGAUCGACAAUGGACAGUUGGUCAAACCCAGAGGAUGUUCCAAGGUUUUACAAGGCCAUCAGUAAUUGGUAUAAGAUAAUCACCGAUCCAGAAAACGAAAUAUUCUAUCAAUUAAGACCAGGCCAAUGUUUGAUUUUUGAUAAUUGGAGAUGCUUUCACUCUAGAACUGAGUUUACAGGUAAACGAAGAAUGUGCGGUGCGUAUAUAAACAGAGACGAUUUUAUGUCACGGUUAAAGUUAUUGAACUUAGGAAGAAAAGCAGUCUUGGAUUCUAUUUAA